AAAAAUAUGCACAAUUCUGAAAAUUUAUGCAACGGCAUGUCGUUCCUUUUUUUUUUAAAUAAAACUCCCACAUGCUGAGGACCUGACAAACGGCCUCGUUUAAAUAACAAAAGAUUUUGCGCGAAACCGGACUAACUGCAAAUCAAAUUCAUAAAUGCCCAUUCAUUUUCCCUCGCUUAUCGUAGAGCUCACAAAACCCCAUCAAACACUAUCCAGAACUAAGCAAUUACAUUCUUUGCUAAUCACUACAUCCCAUCUGCCACGCGACCCAUUUUACGCAACUAAAAUCACUAGAUUCUAUGCAUUAAACGGUAAUCUUUGCUCUGCACGCAACCUGUUCGAUAGAACUCCUCAACCAAGUGUUUUCCUUUGGAAUUCCAUUAUUCGAGCUUAUGCUCGUGCCCAUAAAUUUUAUGAAGCGCUAUUCAUGUAUAAAAGGAUGCUAGGAACCGAAAUAAGGCCUGAUAACUUUACGUAUGCGUGUCUUAUUCGAGCUUGCCACGAGAACUUUGAUAUAGACAGCUUAAGAAUUUUACAUGGAGGAGUGGUUAUAUCUGGGUUGGGAUUUGAUUCUGUUUGUUGUAGUGCGUUGGUGACGGCUUAUUCAAAGUUGAACUAUGUUAGUGAAGCUAGCAUUGUGUUUGCACGGAUUUGUGAGCCGGAUUUAGUUUUGUGGAAUUCUAUGAUUUCUUGUUAUAGUUAUUGUGGGUUUUGGAGUAAAGGGUUGAAGUUGUUUAAUGAAAUGCGAGGAGACGGGAAGCAGCAGCCAGAUGGAUUCUCUUUGGUUGGUCUAAUUUCGGGAUUAAUGGAGUUUAAUUUGCUGGGAAUCGGUCAAGGAAUUCAUGGUCUUUGCUUGAAAAGUGGCUUUGAUUUUAAUGCUUAUGUAGGUGGUGCGCUUGUAAGUAUGUAUGCAAGAUUCAAGUGCAUGAGUUCAGCGUAUAAUGUUUUUAGCAGUUUAUCGCAGCCUGAUUUAGUUGCAUGGUCUGCUUUGAUAACUGGGUAUUGUCAGUCUGGAGAUCAUACUAAGGCAAUGAUGCUCUAUAGGAAUUUAACUAUAGAGGGUAGAAGGGCGGAUCCCAUUUUAAUUGCCAGUAUAUUGGCAGCUGCUGCCCAUUUGGCGAAUUUGAGACCUGGCGUUGAGAUACAUGGUUAUGUUUUUCGACAUGGAUAUGAAUCUAAUAUUAUGGUUUCUUCUGCCCUUAUAAAUAUGUAUAUGAAGUGUGGUUUUGUUAGAUGGGGAAUUCGUGUCUUUGAUAAUACAAUAAACAAAAAUGCUGUUUCCUACAAUUCGAUAAUUUCAGGGCUUGGUUUCAACGGAAUUUCAGCUGAUGCUUUUAAACUUUUUGAAGAGAUGCUAGAGCAAGGGUUGAAGCCGGAUGAAUCUACAUUCUCCGCUCUUCUUUGUUGUUGCUGUCAUGCUGGACUUGUGAAAGAUGGUUGGAGAAUUUUCAAGAGAAUGAUGGAAGAUUUUUGCAUUCCAGCUAGUACGGAACAUUAUGUUCACAUGGUAAAGCUCUUAGGAUCAGCAGGGCAGUUGGAAGAGGCCUAUAAUUUUAUCUUAUCAUCGAAGCAACCAGUAGACAAUGGAAUUUGGGGAGCACUAUUAUCAUGCUGUGAUAUCUAUGGCAAUACUAAGUUGGCAGAAAUUGUAUCUCAGCAGCUCUUUGAUAAUGAGCCCAGAAAAGGUGCUUAUAGAGUUAUGCUUUCCAAUAUUUAUGCCGGUGAGGGGAGGUGGGAUGAUGCGAAAAAGACGAGAGAUAAUUUAUUAAAUGCUGGAGGAAGGAAAAUACCUGGUGUUAGUUGGAUAGGUGGUGGUCAAAGUUAAUCGUUGAAAUAAUUAUUAUUUGCAUCUCAGAUUCUCCUCAAUUCAGAUCAUGCACAGGAUGUUUAACCCCAAGGUUUCAACUUUUGGGUGCGUUCAUCGAGCAAAGCCAGCAGAUUCAAGGUAGCAACAAACGAAAUCUUCAGGGAGCAUCCCUGCACUCCAGCAGUUGUGGAAGUGGAGGUAUUGUAAGCUUGGAAAUGCUCAUUCUUCAAGAUCUGUUAAUUCCUCUAUAACAUGAGAUGCAAAGCUGAACCUCGGGAAAUCCACUAGCUUUGAAUAUUUCUUUGCCCAGCUGUUUUUUAUUUUUUCCUGCUUACAUCCUCUAAUAAACUUGAGCAACGAUACCAGUGAAGGUAUCCCUCUCGUAAUCUUGAAGUUAUACAGACUUGAGCUCCGGAAGAACUUAACUAGAGCCCUGCCAUUGUUGCCAAUUCUAGAGAACAAGGCACAAAGUUAACUGAAAUAAGGUCUAGUUACUUAUAAUCAUCAAUGGUUGGAGAAGACCUCACUCAAAAGAGAAGAUGCAAUGCUUGUCUCCAUAGUUGACUUCAGGAUGGAAACUCAGAAAGUCUAAAUACUGCAGCCAUGGCUUCAGGCCUUUCUUUGCGUGGUAGUCCAUUCAGAAGUUAGAAUAUAAGAAGUUGAAGAUAAAACAUUUAACCUUUUCAAUAUAGAUUCAUGAAUAAAGUACGGAUCCGUAAGAUUUUUUCUAA